GUCCAAAGAGAGAGACACGAUCUUCGCCGCCGCCCAUGGCCCACGGGAUCAAGCUUGGGGCUCAGUAUAAAUUGGGUGCAACAGGAGAGUGGCCAGCAAAAGCAGGAUAUGAUAACAAAAUCAUCUCAGUUUCGUACUGCUGCUAGCUAGGGUUGGGUUCCUGAUGGAGAGAAAGCUACUCAAAUUCCUGUUCCUGAUGAUCGGAUUCCUUUGUUUCACCAGGGUUUCAGCUGAUGUCGGCACGGCUACAUCAUAUGACCCUCCAUAUCUACCGACAAAAUGCUCGGGCUACAACCAGGAUCAGAUGCCAGGGAAUGGUCUCUUUGUUGCAGCAGGGGGUGGGAUUUGGGACAAUGGUGCAGCAUGCGGAAGAAAGUAUCGGCUCCGUUGCCUAAGCGGCCUCAGGCGGCCAUGCAAAGGUGGCUCUAUAGUAGUCGAAGUCGUGGAUCUUUGCAGAAACAGUCCAUGCCCCUCAACCCUGGUCUUAUCCAACAAAGCCUUUGACGCUGUAUCUAAGAUUCCAAAUACAAAGAUCAACGUAGAAUACACACAGAUAUGAUAUGAUGGAUAUGCUUCAAAAUCAUGGAAGCAAUGCUCUUGAUGAACAAACAAAUAGAAGCGGAAGAAAGCAGAGUUACCAAUAGAAACACAUUGAGACCGUAUGAAGGGACCAAGGUUUAUGAUGUAUGAGUAUAUGCUAUAUGAGUACAUUUCCAGAAUGUAUGCUAUAUGCUCCUCUCUCUCCCCCACUCCCUUGCUCCCUCCCUCCCCCAACCCCAAUAAAAAAAAAAAAGAAGGAAAUUUGGGAACUAGUUUAAGCAUUUUAUUCCCACGUUGAUAACAGCAGAAAGACUCUGAAUUUGCAUAGGCUAUUCAAUGUAACUGAUGCCUUCUUA